CGUCGCUCUUCCCACCGACCACGACGACCUCUCAACAAAUACGACUCAUUUUGAACAGCGAUCAUGGCUGACGUUCCUCUUGAGCUCAUCGAGCACAUCCUCGACGAGCUCAGUGACCACCGAAAAACCCUUAUCGCAGCACUGACCGUCUCCAGAGCCUUCCAUGGUCGAGCUCUGUACCAUCUCUUUCGAAGGGUUAGCCUCAACACAGAAUCAGACUUCCACCAAUUCCUUGCCCUCUGCGAUAUCUCGCCUUUAGUUCCCAGCAUCAUUCGCUCUCUCAAGAUCGUUUCCCGGGGCAGGGAGCCUCAGCUGCCUCCCCUUCCCAAUGUCACCUCGCUGCACAUCCAGGGCCAUCUAGACGAUCUAUGGCAGAUCGAUUUUCUAGCCAUCACUUCCCUUACUCUGGAGGACCUCGUGUUUCCCACUGCGAUGAGCUUUCGCCAUUGGUUAUGUUCGUAUCCUUAUCUCAAGACAUUGUCCUUGAGUGGCGUCACAGUACAGUACCCUGCCGCGUUCGGUGCCUACGCGGUUGCUCGAGGCCCCGCUAUAGAGAAAUUAUCACUCGCGUACGUCAACGAAAACGUGUACACGAUGUUUCUGGGAAGUGUGGUGAAAGAGGCCAGUCGGUUCGCCUUACACAGCCUGCGCAAGCUCCAGCACAGAACCCUUUAUUCAUUUGACAUUCCCCACAUGCACAAACUCCUCUGCGCAACUCGUGGGACACUUCGGGAACUGGAUACGAAGCUGGUCUUUUACGGUGCUGGCCGUAUGGAGACUGCGAUCCUGGAUAUCUCCCAGGUUCAAAAGGUCAACUACCACCUGUACGAUUUCUCGAAGAAAUGUUUCAUUGUGAACAUCCGCUGGCUAUCUUACUGCCUUGACCACAAUGUCCACCCUGCAGCUUUGAAGCAGCUCCAUAUUCAUAUGCAUCAGGCCGCAAAACCAGAAUCAUUGGAAAAGGUUUCAUUUUCUAACGUAUUGACGUUAAUGGAUGGGAUACUUACUAAUCCUCGGUACCACUUCCUUGAGUUGGUUCACUUUCAUCUUCCAGCAGAGGCUGAUAGCUGGGAUUGGAUUGAGCCCGAGGAUUUCCAAGACAAUAUACUAACAUCGUUGCCGAAACUACGCAGCCUUGGGCUACUUGUAGUAGACUUUUCAUAGUCGUGGAACUGCGUUAUCUCUUUCAACGAAAGGAAAUCUGAUGUACUGCUGUAAUCUGACACUGUAUUUUUGCAACUAGAAUUUUUGGCUACGAACGACUAUGUAUUUUCAUUUUAGCAAUACCGCUUUUAUUCUUUUCCUCUACUUUACUGAGGCCGA